UGGCAGGGAGGAGAGAGAGAGAGAGAGAGAGAGAGAGAGAGAGAGAGAGAGAGAGAGAGAGAGAGGACAGAGCGGGGGAAGGGAGAGCAAGAGCAUAUUUUGCCUGUAUCCUUUACAAGCAUCCACCCCACAGUAUAAGCUACACAGGUGAAACAACAUGGACCGUCUCAACACCACCUCUCUCCCGUGGCUUCCUGACGCUGCCCCCCUGUCCCAGGUCUCCCUGCAGGUUCAAGAGGUGUACCCGUUCCACGACGGCUGGAACAUAGCGUGCUUCGUCAUCCUCCUCCUCUUCAUCAUCACAGUAGUCUCCCUGGCAGCCCUGGCCUUCCUCUACGAGCUGCUGGACUGUGGCUGCUGUGUCAAGGGGAAGACCCAUCGUGACCUGAUGGAGGAGGAAGGACCCUUCCAGAACAUGGUGGAGAAGAUCCACAGUCCCACGGGGUCACAAACCGAGGUGGUGUAAAGGGGUUAAGGGGUCGUUGCCACAGUGACCAGGGCCAAGCAGGAAGUUAGGUCAUGACCGUUGACCCUGAAUCUGAACCCGAGACUGACUGUGCUGUGUGCUCACAGUUGGAGAAUAGUGAGAAUGCACCUUCGUAUGUGUGAGAUUGUGUGUGUGUGUGUGGAAUGGUGGUGUAAUCUAUUCAAAGCACAUCAGCAGGGAAGGCAGGAGAGAAGAAGAGCUCUCCUUUGCCAAGUCCAGGGGUUUUGACAAGUCUAUUAUUCGACGGAUGUUUAGCCUAGCCUGCAUCUUCAUCCAUCACCACAUUGUAAAGUACAAGACAUACCAUUCCAGACAGCUAAAGACACAGAGGAGAUCCACAAUGAUAGGCAACCCUCUAGGACCCAACAGAGCAAGAAAGUCACCCAAAGUCAACGACCAAGAUGACCAAAAAUUAAAGUAACUGUCGUAGUGUUUCCAGAUUUCUAUGAAAGUUUUCCUUUACAAAAAAUAGUAAUUAAGUUAAAAAGCAGCUUUUCUGUGUUGGAAUGGUGUGGGCGUGUACUGGUUAUUAAAAAUAUUAAUGGAGCAGACCGCUGGUUGGCCAUCUCAUCCUGCUCAGGAUGAUGACCUCAUCCUAUAUGAGGAAAUAACAAGCGUUUUUUUAAAUGGUCUGUUUGAGAUCCAAGUUGGAGGUGGGGGGUUUUGAAGUGUUUUUUUCUCCAAUUUAUGAUUUGACCACAAAUACGAUUAUGGGAAUUAAUCAAAAACAUUAUGAGUUAAGCUCACUUUUAAAGUUAAUAUUCUGUUUUCACUGGACAGUUACUUUAAAAAUGUCAACAAAAGAUCCAGCUACCACAGAAGAAGUCCCACAUUUUAAUGUAAUUUACAGAUUGUUUUUAUUCAAUGCCCUAGUGCUUUGACUGCCUUUGUAGUGAAGAUCUCAUCCAUUUGACAAAAACUGUUCACAACUUGCUGUGUAGUAAUGAUGUAAUCAACAUGUUGCCUGUGAUAAUGUCACCACUCACCAACAUAUUUUAAACCACAGCCAAGUGGCCAUGAUACUACUCUCUCUUGAAGGGGGGCACCUGUACACACACCGAUGUAAAUAAAAUAACCUACUUGCAUUGAGCACAAGGUAUUAUUUCACUUGCCUAAAAUGAUGAUGUUGAUGAAUAAACAAUUAUCACGUAAGAAAUACAAA